UUAUCACCACAGAAGCUGUUUCAGGUAAAGAUGAGAUGAAAGCAGUGGGUGAUGAAGUGUCUUUUCGUCCAACCAACAUAAAUCCUCCGGUCACCAGCAUUAUAUGGAAACACAGAAGCAGCAGUGGAGUUGUUGUCAAGGUGAUUGAAUGGGAUGAUGAUGGUUUUGCCAUCCCGAAUCAGAGAUUCAAAGGCAUCACAACUCUUGAUGAGAAAACUGGACAAAUCACUAUAACUAAAUUAACUGUUGAACAUAGUGGAGUUUAUACCAUUGACAUCAACAGUAAAGAGCAGGAACAAAGAUUCAGCUUGGAAGUUAUAGCGCCGGUCCCCAAACCUGAGAUACAAAUAGAUAGGAGUGAUAAAAACCCUGAUAUGGUGUAUUUAAUAUGCGAAUACAGUGAAACAAUCAUCUGGAAGAAUUCUGCUGGAGAAAUACUGGAGGGCUCAAAUCACAAUCCAAAAGGAGAGUUCAUUAUAAUCGAAAACAAAAGAAAUCCAGACAACUACUACACCUGCACACUCAAGAACGCCGUGAGUGAGAAGACCAGUGAUCCGGUCUAUGAGAGAGAUCUGUUUAAAGGUGAAGAUGUGAAGAAUGCAGCUUUAUUUCAUCCAGGCGCGGCUCAUUCUGUCCCAGUGUUAAUUUUGUCACUGAUUUUUCUUUUAGUCGUAGUUUGUGUCUUUUAGUCGGUCACAACAUGACUUAAGCAGUGUUGGGGGUAACGCAUUACAAGUAACACAAGUUACAUAAUCAGAUUACUCUUUUUCAAGUAACUAGUAAAGUAACACAUUACUUUUUAAUUUACAAGAAAAUAUCUGAGUUACUUCUUCAAAAAAGUAACGCCAUAACAUCCUUUAUGUAUUUAAUCCCAUUUUAUUUACCAGUGUCUUUGCUGCUGACCUUUGUUGAUCCAAUUCAACUAUACUCAUACACAAAACUAACAUUUGUGCUUCAUUUUUCUCAUUGCUGAAGAGUGUUGAACUUCCUUCUCCUACAGUUCUACUGUACAGAUGUGAAUUUACUUUUCCUUCAGCCUUAGGCUUAUUUAUUUCACUUUUUGGUGUGAAAGGGCUUUUACAUUUGCUAAAAAUCUAACUUUUUAUAUUAAAAACAAACUCUGUUUCACUCUGUUGAUAAUUCCACAAUUUUAGUCAAUAAAAAGAAAAUAAUUUAUCCAACAAAAAUGUGUCAAACUGUAAUUGACCUUUAACCAAACAUUUUCAAAAACCUAUAAACAUCUAUUAAUCAUACAUCUAUAAAACAACAUGAAAAGCCUUAACAAAGCUAGUGUACAGUUGACUAUAAAGCCUGUAUGUGGCAGCCUUGAGCAGCUUGUGCUAAUGAGAUACAAUAACAUUUAUCUGGUAAUAAUUUAGAAUGCUUAAUUAUCUACCCUAGUGAAAAAUAAAUAUACUAAAAUCUAUUUAAAAUACAUUUAUUUCAUGCUAAGUAUAUUACGAAUCAUGGGCGUCAGAACCAUUGAAUGUGGGUGGGACAGGACCACUUUUGAAGACCAAUGAUAUCGGACCCACCCACUUUUACUGUCUCUAAUUCGGCGAAUAUGUCUGCGCACUUUUUAGAGCGCCAUCAGUAAAAUCCAUUCCACAUGACGAAUGCCCUAAUAGAUUAAGCUCUAUGCUCACACAUAUGAACAGGCACCAUCUGGGGUGGGGGAGUGGACGGCGUGGGCGCUUCAGGCGCAAUCAUCAAACAUAUUUCAAAGGAAGCAGGCGCCACGUUGCUGACCGCAUCGCUGUCUUUUAUAGGAAAAGGGAAAGAAGCAAUCACUGCAGUCAACAAUCACAUGGAUAAGACACGUCACAAAUACAAUAAUGGGCGACCUGGGCCAUCAAGGACAUCCAAGGGUUCAGAUACAGGAACCAAGGCUUGACAGCAGGGCAUAAGGGCGCAAUCAGCCUCCACAGCAAAACACCCUUCACUUAUACCUGUGACACACACAUACACACACUCACAAAGACACAACCACUCCAGCCAACACUCAUGAAAGCACCAACACCAGAAAUCCACCA